UGCCAAAUAAAAUCUUCAAUAAUCUUACAAGGUCGUUUUCCUAUUUUCAUUCUCUUGGCAACCUUUGGGGUGUUGGGUAGGCUUUUCUCUUCUGUUUUUUUCUCCUAUUAACUCAAUUUUUCGAACCUCGAAACAGUGAUAACUUUCUCGUCUAGGGUAUCUUUGUUAGGGAAUCUUAAGGUGAGUUGGCAGCGGAAAUCUAGUAUAAGGUUUGGAUAGAAAAGAAAGAACAAGAAAAAAAACCAUAUUGAUUGAGGUUGUUCUAAGAAGAUUGAUAAUAUUUUUGUCAGCCAACGUCUGUGUUCUUCGCCUUGUCUCCUCUUUUGCCCUUUUUAGGUGCUGAUUCUUGCUUCCCUGGGGUUGGGUGUGUUUGUUGGGAUCGAUUGUUAAUCCAUGUCUGAAGCAGGGCAACAUAAGGUGGGUGGGGGUGGGGGUGAUCAGGGCAAUGGCACAGGGUUUGGUGACACCACUUACACCAAGAUCUUUGUCGGAGGUUUGGCUUGGGAGACCAAAACUGAUACCCUCAAACGUUAUUUCGAGCAGUUCGGAGAAAUACUAGAAGCUGUUGUCAUUAAUGACAAAACUACUGGAAGAUCAAAAGGUUACGGCUUUGUGACGUUUAAGGAUGUUGAUUCGGCUUUGAGGGCUUGCUAUAAUCCAUUUCCUGUGAUUGAUGGAAGAAGAGCAAACUGUAAUCUUGCAUCGCUUGGUGCUCAAAAGAAUCGUCUAUCUUCUGCUUCUCACUCUGUUGCAGGGAUUGAGAAAUUUAGCCCAUCCGCACCAGCACCACCACCUCGAGUCAUGGCACCAUCCGUUGCUGCUACUCCGGCAUUUUACCGUCAAUUCAUUCCGCAAUACGCAUUUCCUUAUUCGGCUUACGGGUAUCCUGGCUACACGCAAAAUAUGUCUCCAAUGAGCUAUUACAAUGUAUAUGGAGGGCAAGCGUUCUCAUCCCAUUACAGUAGCAGUGGGGCGUCAGGAUCCGCUGGAGUCUACAUGGGUUACUUCCCAUUCUAUCCCCAGCAUGGGCAUGGGCAUGGGCAUGGGCAUGGGCAUGGGCAUAGCAACCAAAGUCAACACCCCAAAAUAACUCACUAUCCACAUUUGGCUCAGCAAUACCGACCAUUUGGGAACUUAACCCUUGCUCCCUCAGCCUCUGCCGCACCUGCCACAUCGCCAGGGACUACCACCUCUGCGCAAAAUUCAUCAGCCUAAUUGGAAGUUAGAAUAUCAUAACUAGGGUCAAUAGUAACAUGGAUACAGACAAAGGAACUUAACCAUUUUUAGCUUUGUUAGUUGGAUGUACAUCAAUUUGACAGGCCACAAUUUACACUUUCACCACUUUCUGGAAACACUUUUUUUCUUAAAUUUUAUGUCUCAAAAUGAUCCCUACAA